AUGCAGGGGUUUAAUAUGGGACGCUAUGUCCCCCCGGACCAAGAAGGCGUCACCUCCGCGAACAAGCUAGCGGGCAAACACCCCCUCGGCGCCCGCGCACGCCACCUCCACACGACUGGGGCCCUCAUAGUCCGGUUCGAGAUGCCCUUCGCAGUAUGGUGCACAACCUGCAAACCGAAUGAGACCAUCAUUGGACAAGGCGUCCGCUUCAAUGCGGAGAAGAAGAAAAUCGGCAACUACUACUCCACCCCAAUUUACAGCUUUCGUAUGAAGCACACCACGUGUGGUGGCUGGAUUGAGAUUCGAACAGAUCCCCAAAACACCGCUUACGUGGUUGUCGAAGGCGGGAGAAAACGAGACACCGGGGAGGAUAAGGAGCUGCAGCCGGGGGAGAUUAUUAUUCGCAGGCAGGACCCUGCGGAGAAAGACCCGUUUGCGAAGCUCGAGGGGAAGGCCGAAGAUAAGCGCCGUGCGCAGACGGAGACGAGUCGCAUUUUGGAGUUGCAGGAGCGGCAGAGUCGGGAUUGGGAUGAUCCUUAUGAGAAUUCGAAACGGCUGCGGCGCACGUUUCGCGCUGAGCGGAAGGGGCUGGAGAGGUUGGAGGCAAAUCGCGAGGCUUUGAAGGACAAAAUGAGUCUUGGCUUUGAUCUUGUCGAUGAGACGGAGGAGGAUCGCCAGCGGGCUGGCAUGGUGGAUUUUGGUGACGGUCAGUCCUCAGCUGGAGCGGAGGCUGCGCGUGCAACUCGCACCCGACCCAUGUUCGAGACAAACGACUCAAGCAGCUCCCCCGGAAAUGAGAAACACGACAAGCAUAAACGCAAGUCUAGGCGAACUAGAACAGCGGAUCUAGUUGCGCAGCGCAAGGCGUCUUUGCGCAAUGAGCUGACGGGGAACACGCGCGCUGCGGUGGAUCCUUUCUUGAAUGAUGUUGGAGAUGAGCAGGAGAUCUGGAAGCCAGGCGUCAAGAGGAAGAAGCCUUCAUCUACAACAUUGACAUCUCGGACAGGCCCAGAGAGUCCAGCAAGGGCCACCGAGAUCAACGACUCCAGGGACUCAAAAGUUGUUUCGGCUGCAUGCGAAGCGCAAAUUGAAAAUGAUGUCAAGAAACCACCUGGUGUGUCAGCAGCACCGGCGCUAGUGGGCUACGAUUCUGAUACGGAGUAA